CAGGGAGUGUAUCUGUAUAUGAAGCAGGAGAGACAAGGACAGAGAAAGGAAAAACCCAGGAGAGGAGAUGGAGUGGAGCAGUGACUGUGACAUUUAUGCUGACCUCAAAUAUCUCAGCCGGGACAGACAGAGCCCAGAGACGUGGGACGGACAGAGCACUGGCAGCCAACAGUGGGAGACACAAGGGAUCUCUCAUGAUAAUCUGGUGUGCAAGGCGCCAGAGAAAUCUCAGGGAUGCUCAGACUGGAGGCUUAUGGGAGGCUUAUUCUUUAUUCUCCUGCUCAUGGGAGCCACAUUCUAUCUGCUGGCAGCCUACCUGCAGGUCCAUUCCCUAGUGCACAUGAGUCAGGUGGAACUAGAUGAGCUGCUCCUGAACCAAAGCCACUGGCUGGAGGAACUGGAGAAAGAAGAGGCAAAUGUCAUGUUGCUUCGGGGUAACUUGUCAUCAUUACAGGGGCAAUACCAGUUCCUACAGGAGCACCUGCUCGCCCUUCUACUGCACAACCAGUCCCUGCAGCUGCAGGAGAGACACAGGAUCCAAGGGCAGAUCUGGGAUAUAGACAAAAAGCAUGGUGCCUUGUGGGAAGAGUACGAUCUAUUGGCCAAGGGGCACAUCCCUAUCCCGCAGCAAAGCGAAAUGCUGCAAAACUGCCUGGAAACUGCCGACGGGACUGAACGGAAAGUCUGCCAUUUUUGUCCUCCCGGAUGGAGGAUUUCUGGGGUUUGGUGUUACUUCCUGCACUUGGAUUCGCAGAACUGGGAGAGCAGCCUGAAGCGGUGCCAGACACAGGGGGGGCAUCUUGCUGUUAUAACUAGUCUGGAGGAACAGAAUUUCGUGAAGUUGAUGGUGAAGGACGUGUCCUGGCUCGGCUUGUCCGACCGUGACAGGGAAGGGGACUGGCGCUGGGCCGAUGGAACCCCCUAUAACUCUGCCCCCAAGUUCUGGCAGGGGAAGCAGCCGGAUAACAUUGGCAACGAAGAUUGUGUCACUUUGUCCCCACGAUCCGACUGGAACGAUGACAAGUGCCGCAAGCUGUACAACAGUGUUUGUGAGAGGAAAGUGUCCCGACUGUUCCUACAGGGGGGGAUACUGAGCAACUAACCCCCCCCCCCCCCCACUGAAUUUACUCUUCUUCUUCUUCUUCUCUGCACAGUCAUUUGGGCUUGGGCUCUGGCUAUUGGCACAAGCUGAAUCUAAUGUUACUCAUGUGAUUGGCAUAAACAUGAAUUUAACUUUA